UCUGAACAUUAACACGAGUCCCUUGCUGUAUUGGAAACAUAAGGACAUUUCAUAUCGUAAAUAAUAAUACAACAAAGUUACAUUGAUACACACCUUUUAAUAGGGUUAGGGUUCCCACACGGACAUAUUUCCAUGUUACAGCGCUUGUUUACGGGAGACGCUGGACUGUGCUAAUAGCUAUAUGCGUCUCUGAACACCUGUGUGUAAAUGGAAGACCGACGCCACACACGUCACUGAAACGUGCUGCAACUAUGCUAAACCCGGUUAACACAGUGUACACUAACAGGUAGAUUGUCCUCGAGUGAAGAUCGUAAAAACUCAGGUACAUCUCAUCAGAGCGCAGACUUCACAGUCGGACCUACUUCCAAACAACUAAAUAUUCCCCUCGGCUUCGUUUGGAGUUGCUCUCUCCGUCUUUGGUGAUUCUUUGAACGACGGCAUUAAAGUGCACCGAAAAGUAAAAUUAAUGGACGUUUGCUGAAAUUCCGAGGAGGUGGUCUAAGCCAAAGCUGCUGUAGAGAUGAGUUGGGGGGCUCUGUAUGCCCAGCUGGGCGGGGUGAACAAACACUCCACCAGCCUGGGGAAGAUCUGGCUGUCUGUCCUAUUCAUCUUCCGUAUCACCAUCCUGGUACUGGCUGCAGAGAGCGUGUGGGGAGACGAGCAGUCUGACUUCACCUGCAACACCCAGCAGCCCGGCUGUAAGAACGUCUGCUACGACCACUUCUUCCCUGUGUCACACAUCCGUCUCUGGUGCCUGCAGCUGAUCUUCGUGUCCACACCGGCCCUGCUGGUGGCCAUGCACGUGACUUACAGGAAGCGUGGGGACAAGAAGCACAUCAUUGCGACGGCCUUGCACAGUGGUGGUGAUGACAAGACCAGGCAGGUGGACCUAGAGGCCCUGAAGAGUCGUCGUCUGCCCAUCACGGGGCCUCUGUGGUGGACGUACACCUGCAGCCUGUUCUUCCGCCUGAUUUUUGAGGCUGGCUUUAUGUACGCCCUCUACUUUGUUUACGAUGGCUUUGCGAUGCCUCGUCUGGUGAAGUGUGAGCAGUGGCCCUGCCCAAACAAGGUGGACUGCUUCAUCUCACGACCCACGGAGAAGACCAUCUUCACCAUCUUCAUGGUGGCUUCGUCUGCCAUCUGCAUGGUUCUCAACGUGACCGAGCUGGCCUACCUCAUCGUCAAGGCCCUGAUGAGGUGCUCCACCAGGAUGUCCAAGAAGAGCCGUGCCUACGCUCACCCCGAUCACAUAACCACGAACAAGUCCCUACUACAGAAUAAAAAGAACGAGAUGCUGCUGUCCUCUCUUACAGAUUCCUCCAGCACCAAGACCGUGUGAGCCCAGCAUAGUGUCCAUGUUCUUCCCCAUUUAGACUACAGAGAACUAGGGAGUAGAAACCUAUCAGUGUUUUGUUACCAUGAGAAGAGAACAUGUGAGGACAUACCUGUAGCAGCUGAGAGGACUGGCCUAACCCUGAGUCUGCUUUUCUAGAGCAGAUUCCCAAUUCCAGUCCUCCAGUACCCCCAACAGCAGAUGUUUUUGUUGUAGCCCUGGAUGAACAUGCCUGAUUCAACUCACUGAGCGAUUGCUAAUUAGUUGACAAGUUUAAUCAGAUGUGCUUGUCCAAUGUGUAUUGUUGGGGGUACUCGAGGACUGGCGUUGGGGAACACUGUCGUAGAGGAUAUAUAUAUUUCUGUGCCUUCCACUAUGACUGAUCUAUGGGGUAAUGUUUUAGCAUUUUUUUUUUAUGUAUUUUUUUUAUUUUAUUUAUCUUGGUGCUUGUGUGUUUGAGCUACAUGUGUGUUUGGGAGGUUGAACAGCAGUGACAAAUGGGUCUAGAUCGCCACCUUCUGGUUUACAAUGAGCUUGCAGGAGUUUGUUUUAUUGUGGAGCGCAACCAGAAUUGGUUUAUGUUACUACUUCAGCUUUGUGGGACACUUUACCAAAGCAGAAACUCACAAGUGUGCAGUAUAGCUCCAAGUUCUAUUUGAGGCUCAUACCGGCGAAGGAAAUGUAUUGAGUACCAAAGCAAUUUUAAAACAGUGCCUUCGUCUAUUAGCGGUGUCAAACAGUAUGAUGUAGAUGCUGUAUAUUGAGCAUUUACAUUUAAGUAAUUUAGCAGAUGCUCUUAUCCGGAGAAACGUACAGUAGUGAAUGCAUACCUUUUCACAUUUGUUCGUACCGGUCCCCCAUAAGCCUGACGUUGUGAGUGCCACGCUCUACCAACUGAGCCACACCGAGCACAAUGUUUUUAGGUAGCAUGGCUGAUACACUUGAACAUUAUGGACAGAUUUCCUGGACCCAAAUGAAGCCUAUUCCUGUACUUAAAAAGCAUGCUCAAUGGGGAAUAUCCAUGCUUCUUGGUCCAGGAGUAGGCUUAAGCUGGGUACUGGAAACGGAACCUCUGAGCAUUAUGCCAACUGAGUCCGACAUAUAGCCUAUUGUUGUCAAGACUGAUUGUAAACGUGGCUACAGAGCCUAACAGCUUGUUCCUUAUUUUAGGCACUGAACAUAUCACUGCACCUCUUUCAAUGUGAGUUAGCGGGCUGAUCUACAGGCAAAACUGGCCUAAUGUGCUUUGUUCAAAAAUGCAUGUAGAAGUUGGACCAUAACUUGUAUCACUGUAGUGACAAUUUGACUGUUACCUGUGAAAAGGUAAGGACAGUUUUAGUAAUGAGAUGCAUCACACACAUAUGUGAAAGCACUUUGUGGGCUUACUUCCUCUCACAAUCUUUACAGUUGUAUGGGGGCUUUUUGUAUGUUUUUUUACAUUGACUGUUUGGAGAAAAUGCUAAAUUCAGUAGUACAAAUCGUUCGGGAACAUUUUUGAAAGCCUCAACAUUGCCACUUGCUUCUUUACAGCAGCUAGAGCCUAGCUAUUAAUGUACAGAUUUCUAACCUGCAUGUUUUUGAUGUUUGUAUUUUUUAGAUCUGCACUCUGACCCUGAGUCUUGACUUUUAAUUAAAAAACAAAUGAUA